AUGGCAAAGAGCAAGGAAGACGUAAAGUAUGGAACAGCUCAGGCGAAGCUAUCGCCUGAGGAGACACUAAGGGUAGCAUACAAUUCUGGUACUCCCAUUGAAGGGGGAAUGAUCGCCCGGUCGGAAAAGGUCGAUCUCUUCUCCAGUGCUCACAACAUUUCCGAAGCAAAUUCCAGCGACUCUGGACGUGAUUCUUCUUCCACUCAACAACAUCUGCACCACUCGCGCUGGUGGUGAAGAUGGAAAAGACCCAGACCGUGGCGGUGCUUCUGCCAAGGCCCCUGCCGAUUGAGUUAUUACAG